CCCACUGUCCAGAUUAAAUACUGCAGGAUGAUUUUUUGUAUGAGUAAACAUCCUUCCAAUAAUGAUCAGACCGAUAAUGUCUUAAAAAGAGGAACAGGAUCUACAUUUGUUUUUUUUUCUUCUUGUAUGGACUAUUUCUGGAUACAGAACCUUCAGGUAACAUGUUGACUGUCCAUAAAAUGUAUUUUAGCAUCUUCCUCCUGCUGUGGGGAUGGGUUUUAUCCACUGAAUGCAGAGCCCACCGGCAAGGAAAAGAAAUACAUGAGGUAUACAAAAAAGGCAGCCAGCCGCAGCGGCAGCGUCGGGAGGCCCGUGGCGAGGUGCACAAGCAUGGCAGCCCUAUCCUAAAACGAAGCCCUGACAUCACCAAAGCUCCCCUGAUGAAGUCGGAGCAGCUGCUGCGAAUAGAUGACCAUGACUUCAGCAUGAGACCAGGUUUUGGAGGCCCUGCAAUUCCUGUUGGGGUGGAUGUCCAAGUUGAAAGUCUGGACAGCAUUUCUGAGGUGGACAUGGACUUCACCAUGACGCUUUACCUGAGGCACUACUGGAAAGAUGAGAGGCUGUCCUUCCCCAGCACCAACAACCAAAGCAUGACCUUUGAUGGCAGGCUGGUGAAGAAGAUCUGGGUCCCUGACAUGUUCUUUGUCCACUCCAAGCGUUCCUUCAUCCAUGACACCACCACAGACAACGUCAUGCUGCGGGUCCAGCCAGAUGGGAAGGUACUUUAUAGCCUCAGAGUUACAGUAACAGCAAUGUGCAACAUGGAUUUUAGUCGCUUUCCCCUGGACACACAGACGUGUUCCCUGGAGAUUGAAAGCUAUGCCUACACUGAAGAUGACCUCAUGCUGUACUGGAAGAAUGGGAACGAUUCCCUAAAAACAGAUGAGAGGAUAUCCCUGUCCCAGUUCCUGAUCCAGGAAUUUCACACCACCACAAAGCUCGCCUUUUACAGCAGUACAGGGUGGUACAAUCGCCUCUAUAUAAACUUCACUUUACGGCGACACAUCUUCUUCUUCUUGCUUCAAACCUACUUCCCUGCCACCCUCAUGGUCAUGUUGUCCUGGGUGUCCUUCUGGAUCGAUCGCCGAGCAGUUCCCGCUAGAGUCCCAUUAGGGAUAACCACUGUGCUGACCAUGUCCACGAUCAUCACUGGGGUGAACGCCUCCAUGCCUCGUGUUUCCUACAUCAAAGCAGUGGACAUUUACUUGUGGGUCAGUUUUGUGUUUGUCUUCCUCUCAGUGCUGGAAUACGCAGCAGUGAAUUACCUGACUACGGUGCAAGAGAGGAAGGAGAGGAAACUGCGGGACAAGCUUCCCUGUGCAUGCAGCCUACCUCAGCCUCGGCCCAUGAUGAUGGAUGGCAGCUACAACGACGGGGAUGUGAACGAACUGGGGCACUACGUGUCUGAGAAUGGAGAUAAACAAGACCGAAUGAUGGUGCAGCUGGCGCUGGGGUCUGACAGGGGCUCGGGCAGGAGGAAAAACCAGAGAUAUGUCAGCAUGAGGAUUGACACUCAUGCCAUCGACAAGUAUUCCAGGAUAAUAUUCCCUGGUGCAUACAUUCUGUUUAAUUUGAUAUACUGGUCCAUCUUUUCAUAAAUAUACGUAACUUCCACAGAGCAUUAUGACAUUAAGUGAAAGUAGGGUCUCAUAGGCUAACAGAAAGAAAAUGGAGAAUUGUUUUAUUGGGAAGGAAGAUUGAUUUUUUUUUUCCAGAAUUUUUUAAUUAGAUGCAACUCAUCUGUGGCAUAAAUAAUUGUGCAAGUUUCACAUUUCAGCAAAAUAUAGGAUAUACAAUCUAAAAUUUUAUACUUAAAGAUGUGCUAUGUUCCUUCUUGUGCCUCACAGGCCACUGUAAACUAUUUUAACAAAUUACUCUAGCUGACAGUUGCUUAUAUAUGGUGCAUCCUCCAUUUUGUGCCCCUGAAAUACCAAUUUUCCAAGUACCUGAGUGCACGCAUAUGUCUCUCAACUCACCAGACUUAAUCACAUUCAAUACCAAUAAAUACAAGAAUAUGCAGAUACUUGCACGUUUGCAGGAUGAGGUCAGAAACGGUCAGUACAAACACAAAAUAUUCAGUACCAGGAAACACUUUGGCAAGGUUAUUGAUGGCUACAGCUUGCUUUCACAUGCUGCCCCAGCAGUACUGCAGUUACAGGUGCACACUUUCAGACUUGUGCUUUGUCAUAUUUAAAACAAAGAAAUCUUUCCAAACAGAUUUGGCUAUCUUUUAAAAUACGACUUGCAAUGCACAUUUACUAAGGAAUGAACAAAAGCCUGGCUUCCUGCAAUGCUAAACUAAAUCCCCUGGGGAAAAAAGGGAGCUCUCCUUGAACCUCCUUAUCGGGGUCAGUGGCAGUGUUGCUCUUGAGUUUCCUGGGAAAGGAAACAGGUUUCUCUACAAAAUGAACCAGUGAAGACAACUGGGUGUCUACAAAAAGAACAAAACUGCUCCUUUUCUCUGAGAUAGCCUGGCUAUUCCUGGUCUGAAUAGCCUGAGAACCUGUUGCAGCCUGUAAAGCCACCAGUAAUCGUACUCACUUUCAGUAAAAGCCUAGUUCAUCUGGUUUUAGUAAAAGCGUAAUAGGUGCUCAACAGUUGACAGAGCAGUAGUAUAAACUUUUUAUCUGGGUUACUAAAGAUACCAUGGCAAAAACUUUGGAAUGAAGUAAAAAGGAGCUUCUACCAUGAGACAGCAGCUCCAUUGCAGACCCAGGUACAACUAACAGACUCUGCUCUCAUGCUGCAUCCAUCCUCCCAGCAUCCUGCGGCCCACUGUGCCCUUGGAGGAGGCUCAGCACCCUCCAGGGCAGGAGCAAGGAGACACAGCUGGAGCUGGGGGCACUCGGCAGUGACUUAAGUCCCAACCCGCCGUCAGAGUUUCUGCAGAGCAGCCAGUCAGAAUAAAUGGAAAAGGCAAAAUCUAUAAUGCAGAAGUAGUAAAGUAUUUCAGGAAAACAAUAAUUGAUUGAAUGGCAUCCAGGGACCUGUACAGGAACAGUAGCGCCAAAGGUGUCUCAGAAAUGUGUUACACACCUACAUCCACAAAGCUAACUAAGGGUUUGUGUUAACAGGACUUUAAACACAAUGCAUGCUUUUGCACACAGUUACAAAAUGCAUUCUUUCCUGCACAGCAGAUGCUGUUUUUUACAGGUGCAGCUGCUCUGAGAAUCAGACCAAAGCAGCUGUGUCUCCAAAAAGAAAGUGAAGCUUCUUACACGUAAUCUGCCCUGGACUGACUGAUCUGCUGUUCUAUGCAUUAGGCUCACAACACAGACAUCGCAGUUGUUUGAAUGCUGCUGUUUUUUGCUUUAAUUUCCUAUGUAAAUAAAUGUCACGUAAACAUACUCCGCAUUUCUUACAACUGCUAAAAUCAUGACCUUGAAAACUACCUAUGCCCAUCUUGCACUUACAGCCUACACUCCACAGAUAAGGCAAUGAAAUCACAAAAGCUAAAAUCAUUAAGACACACACCCCUAUAAGAUGGUUUUACUACUCAUUUCUACAUAGGGGUUUUUCAUAUACACAUACUAUCUUAGCUUCAUUUUCUCUAGUUUCCUUCAUAUCAUAUUAUUCUCCAGUGAGUUUUUAUUCAAGAGAUUAAAAAAAGGUAUCCAUUUUCUUAAACCAUAAACAUUUCAAUGAAACAAAGGUAGAAAGGUCAUGCUGGCAAAGCAGAUGAAAGGAUGGCCACCAGAUUUGGCCACCCUACCAUAUUCUUUAUUCCCGAUGGCACCUUCUCCCACAAAUAGCUCCAAGAUUUCUUGGGCACUACUUGCACAGGAAUGUAUUUAGAUUCUCAUUAUUGUUAGAACCCAUUUAUUUCUGCAAUUUAAAACCAGCACAAACAGAAGUGUGAGAUUUUAUAGUAAGCUUUCCAGCUUCAUAAGAAGCUUAAUGCUAUGUAGUUUGCUGCAGUACUGUACAUUCCAUUGUAGACUCAUUAAUCUCAUAUUACUUACAGUAUUCAGCAUCUGAACAGUAUAUUAAGGGAGAUUUUGAAAAUACAAAUGGAACCUGGACUUUCAGAUUCCAUGGCUUUCAGUGGGAGACCGGUUUCUAAUUUCCCAUGUGAUUUUCAAAGUUUCCCUUCCAGCACAUCUCCCUAAACAGAUUCCCCGACCUCCAUGUUUGGAUUUACAUUGUUAAUUUACUUGUGUUUUAUUUGGGAAAUUCUAGUGCCUUCGCAGUCUUAUAUAAAUGUGUAUAUAGAUGUAUUCUAUAAAUACAGGAUAUGUCAUAUACAGCCAGUGUUUGCUAUCAACAACUGUACUCAUUAAACACAUUUACACACAGUUUUUUGGCUUUUAACCUUUCAGUGUGUGGUUUUUGCAUCCAAUCAUUAACACACUGCUUCUUUCCAUUUCCACAAUAAAUUGAUUUAUUUCUAGACACUCAACAUCACAAUAAAACUUCACAUUCAUACAGCACUGUGUUCUCUACCAUCAAAAGAAUGAUCUCCAUGAAUUUAUAUGUGUUUGUAAGAUCUUUUUGCAAAGGACCUGAUACAGUCAAACACCAACUACCCUUAAAUUCUGUGAUGCUGAUACGGCUGGAGAGUGCUGCUAUUUCACAGGCAGGGCAACACUAAACUUUCUACCCCAGGUUGUGUACAUUACAGUACUCAUUCUUCUGGCCUAGGAUGAUACUUUGCAAUAUAAUUCAGACCA